AUAAAGAAAGAGGGAUGGCCCCACUGGAUUUCCCUGGGUGAAUUCAAUCCACCUUUAUUCAGGUGGGUGAUUAUAGGUUAUAUAACCACCCUCCAGAUAAAGCAAUAUCCUCUCUAAUGGCAUCCCUACCCGGAAAACUUGAAUCUCAGGGUGUUCAGAUUUCUGCACAGCUGAUUUUCCAGAACAUAUUUAAGAAGGAUCUGGUGCCCUGGACACAACCCUUCAACCUGGCACCAUGGAGCUGGGAGGGGCCUUCACCAUCUUUCUGGCACUCUCCUUGUCUUGCCUACUUAUCCUCAUUGCCUGGAAAAGGAGACACAAGGGGGGGAAGCUGCCCCCUGGUCCCACACCAAUACCUUUCCUGGGGAACCUGUUGCAAGUCCGUACUGAUGCCACUUUUCAGUCUUUCAUGAAGCUCAGGGAGAAGUAUGGCCCAGUCUUCACUGUGUACAUGGGUCCACGGCCUGUAGUUGUUUUGUGUGGACAUGAGGCAGUGAAGGAGGCCCUGGUAGACCGAGCUGAUGAGUUCAGUGGCCGUGGAGAACUGGCUUCAAUAGAGCGAAACUUCCAAGGUUAUGGUGUAGCUCUGGCUAAUGGAGAACGAUGGAGGAUUCUCCGACGCUUCUCCCUGACCAUUCUUCGGGACUUCGGGAUGGGAAAACGGAGCAUUGAGGAGCGGAUCCAGGAGGAGGCUGGCUUCUUACUAGAAGAAUUACGGAAGACCAAGGGUUCCCCCAUCGAACCCACCUUCUUCCUGAGCCGCACUGUCUCAAAUGUCAUCAGUUCUGUCGUCUUUGGAAGCCGCUUUGACUAUGAAGACAAGCAGUUCCUGAAGCUGCUGCAGAUGAUCAAUGAGAGUUUCAUUGAGAUGAGCACACCCUGGGCCCAGCUAUAUGACAUGUAUUCUGGAGUCAUGCAAUAUUUGCCAGGAAGACACAAUCGCAUCUACUACUUGAUAGAGGAGCUCAAGGACUUCAUUGCCUCGAGGGUCAAGAUCAACGAAGUAUCUCUUGACCCACAAAACCCUCGGGACUUCAUUGACUGCUUCCUCAUCAAGAUGCACCAGGAUAAAAAUAAUCCCCACACGGAGUUCAAUCUCAAGAACUUGGUCCUCACCACUCUCAACCUCUUCUUUGCGGGCACAGAGACUGUGAGCUCUACACUACGUUAUGGAUUGCUGCUAAUGAUGAAGCAUCCUGAGGUGGAAGCCAAGAUCCAUGAAGAGAUUGACCAGGUGAUUGGACCACACCGAAUCCCAAGUGUGGAUGACCGAGCCAAGAUGCCCUACACAGACGCUGUGAUCCAUGAGAUACAGAGACUGACAGAUAUCGUACCCAUGGGUGUCCCCCAUAAUGUCAUCCGGGACACUCAUUUCCGAGGCUACCUUCUGCCCAAGGGCACCGAUGUGUUCCCUCUACUUGGCUCUGUCCUCAAAGACCCCAAAUACUUCCGCAACCCAGAUGCCUUCUAUCCCCAACACUUCCUGGAUGAGCAGGGCCGCUUCAAGAAAAAUGAAGCCUUUGUACCUUUUUCCUCUGGAAAGCGCAUCUGCCUGGGCGAGGCCAUGGCCCGCAUGGAACUCUUUCUGUACUUCACCUCCAUCCUUCAGAACUUCUCUUUACACCCGCUGGUGCCUCCGGAUGACAUAGAUAUCACACCCAGGGUCUCAGGCUUUGGCAACAUCCCUCCGACCUAUGAGCUCUGCCUCAAAGCCCGCUGAGCGCCCCCUAUUGGGCGCGAAAGGAACCGUGGGAGAACACAGCUCUUUCCACCGGUACAGGUGCACCACCUCAUCUCUAAAUUCUCCCAACAGCUCUAAGAGAAGGUACUAUUUCUACUGUCAUGGCUCUGCAGGUCAGUGAGGGUCACCUGCAAAUAUUGAGCUGUGUAUCGGCUGCAUCCAGUAGAAAAGCAAUGCGCUGUCCCAGAUUUCAGCAACAACCUGGAGUAUUUGCAUUCUCAUGCUCCCCUCCACCCGCAUUUCCCAUCUCCACCAAAUUCUUGCUGUAGAUUCUAUGUCUUCAUGUGUAGGUGUGCACUGAUAGUGACCCAAAUGUAGUUCACCAAUCUUCUCCCUGAUUAUCAUCUCCCACAUAAAAUAAAAUAAAAUAAAAUAAAAUAAAAUAAAAUAAAAUAAAAUAAGAUAAAUGCAGCCAGAGUAUCAAGACUGUUGUGUGUAGCAGGCUUC